AUGCUCUCGAGACAGAUAUUACACAAAUCUUUCUUACUUUAGAAAUCUUUUGCAGCUUCAGCUGCUUAAAGACUAUUCUCAAGUAAAGUAUUCCCAAAUGCUUAUGAAGCCACCAAAGACAUAAAAGAUGGAGAUACAUUGUGUGUUGGAGGAUUUGGCAUUUGUGGAAUCCCUGAGAAUCUUAUUGCUGCAUUAGUGAAACAUGAUAGAAGAGAUCUAACUAUAGUUUCAAAUAAUGCUGGUACUGACACAUUCGGGCUAGGUUUAUUAUUGCAGAAUCAUCAAAUUAAGAGAAUGAUAUCAUCUUACGUGGGAGAAAACAAAGAAUUCGAAAGAUAGUACUUGGCUGGAGAGUUAGAAUUAGAACUUGUGCCACAAGGAACAUUGGCAGAAAAGCUAAGAGCUGGUGGUGCUGGUAUCCCAGCAUACUUUACCCCAACAGGCAACGGUACUCUUGUAGAGGAAGGAGGCUUUCCAAUUAAGAAUAAUCCCGCAGAUCCAAAGAAACCACUUAUCGUUAGUGAGAAAAAGGAAAAGAGAGUUUAUGAUGGCAGAGAAUAUAUCCUCGAGAGAUCUAUCACAGGAGAUUUCGCACUUAUUAAGGCUUGGAAAGCAGAUGAGAAAGGUAAUGUUUUGUUUAGAAAGUCAGCUAGAAACUUUAACCCUGAUGCAGCAGUUGCUGGAAGAAAAUGUAUUGUUGAAGUUGAAGAGAUAGUUCCAGUAGGAAGUAUCGAUCCAGAUUAAGUACAUUUACCAGAUGUCUACGUUCACAGAAUUAUUAAGGGAGAAAAUUACGUUAAGCCCCUUGAAUUCAGAACUGUUUCCACGAGUUUUUCCUCAGGCAAACCAGGAAAAGAUGACAAGGGUAGAGAAAGGAUGGUCAGAAGAGCUGCUCGAGAAAUCGAGGAUGGAAUGUAUGUGAACCUUGGAAUAGGUAUCCCUACAUUAUGUUCUAACUAUCUCGAACCAGGAGUGAAUAUCACUCUCUAGUCCGAAAACGGUAUCUUAGGAUUAGGCCCUUUCCCUAAGGAAUAUAUGGUCGACCCAGAUCUUAUUAAUGCUGGUAAGCAAUCUGUAACUGUCCUACCUGGUGCAUCAUUCUUUCCCUCAUCAUAAUCUUUUGCAAUGAUUAGAGGUAGAAAGAUGGAUAUAUCUAUCUUAGGUGGUUUACAAGUUUCUGAAAAAGGUGAUCUUGCCAACUGGAUUAUACCAGGAAAGAUGGUGAAAGGAAUGGGAGGUGCAAUGGAUCUAGUGAGUGGGGCUAAGAAAUUAGUUAUCACAAUGGAGCAUACAGCCAAAGGAAACCAUAAGAUUUUAAAAGACUGUUCACUACCAUUAACAGGUAAAAGAGUUGUAGAUGUUUUAAUAACUGAGCUUGCAGUAUUCUAAUUCGAUAAAAAUGGAACUGGAGAUAUGCUUUUAACAGAAAUCUCAAAUGAGACUACUCUUGAGGAAAUAAAGAAGAACACUGGAGCUCAUUUCAAUGUCAGCCCUAACCUUAAAAAUUUCUGA